AUGGCUCUCUUUGGAUUCUGGAUUGUGAGGAAGCUGCUGGGGCUAAGAGAUGAGGCAAGGAGACUGUUUUCUCCUGGUACUCCCUGGUGCAACAUUACAAGUAGCUGGAUUUGGGACAACAUCAGAGUUCGCGGGGAGAAGGUUAAUUGGCACAAAAUUGUUUGGUUCCCUGGACAUGUCCCCAAGUUUUCCCUUAUCUCGUGGAUGGUUCUUCUCAAUAGGCUACCUACUAAGGUUAGGUUGGGCAUAUUUGUCUUGGUUACGGAUAUUGUCUGUGUUUUGUGUGGUUCGGACCCUGAAUCUCAUGAUCAUCUCUUUAUUGCUUGCUUCUUUGCUAAGGAAGUCUGGAGGACUAUCUUAGCCUCAUGUGGGGUUUGUCAUGAUGUGCAAAACUGGGAUGACUGCCUCAGUUGGUUGGUUGCUAACCUGAAAGGCAAAUCCCUCAGAGUGCAGAUCCUCAAGCUGGCUUGGACGGGUUUCUUAUACUUCAUUUGGAAGGAGCGUAACCAUAGAUGUUUUAGGGGACAUGCUUGUUCAGUUGACACAGUUGUAUAUAGAAUUAAAGAGGCUGUAAAAAUCAAGCUGUAUAGGUUCCGUAUUCAUAGGAUUGAUGAGGCCAAUAGGUUUUUGUUUACUAAUUGGGGUCUGAUCUAG